AUGAGCACUCCGAGCCGCAAUCGUGCUACCGUACCUCAAAGAGGAUACGUGGCACAAGCUGCUGCUUCAGCUGCCAUCGCAGUCCACCCACCUGUCCGAUGCCGAGCUUCAACCAACAGUUACAGGGUGAUAGGAGAGAAAUUGAAAAUAUAG